AAGACCGAAGACAGACACAGAGGAAGAGAGAGAAAGCAAGAAGUAGAGAGAGAAACGAGAGAGAGAGAGAGAGAGAGAGGGAGGGAGUGUAUCAGUUGUUGGUUCAAUCGCACUGAUUGAGAGAACUCAUUCAUCUAUCUUCGUCUUCUAAUCUUUCUUCUCAGGAGCAGAGGGCAAAAGUUGAAAUCUUGGAGGGAGAGGAGAGGUUGUCUAUUGGGUUCGGGGGGCAGAGGCAAAUGAAUAAAAACCACUGAAAUCCCCCAACUUUGCUGUCUUUUUGAAUGAUUUGAUGGAUCUACGGAUCUAACCCCUCUCAAACCCACAUGCCCUGUUCUGUUUCUUUCAGAUCUCCAUCGUUUUCAUCUGGUGUGUGGCUCAGGUCCUGACCAGAAAGAAACUUCUCCCACCCCUUCCCCCAUAGACCUAAUUUUCACUGGAGGGACUGGAGAUUUUGGGACGAAUCGAGAAGUAUUAGAGUGGUCAUUGGUUCUGCAUCCGGGUGGCGGAUGUCGAGAAGGAUUUGGAGGCUCACUUAGGUGAGAUGAGGGAUGUUAUCGAGGCUGAUAAACUUCUUUCGGGCCUGUUGGAACCCUUCCUCAGACCGUUACGUCCACUCGGGCUCGGACUCCGGUGGCGGUGGGGCUCGGCAAGAUGGGCUGCUCUGGUACAAGGACACUGGGCAGCACGUUAUUGGUGACUUCUCAAUGGCCGUGGUUCAAGCCAAUAACUUGCUUGAGGAUCAGAGUCAGAUAGAGUCAGGGCCACUGAGCUUCCUUGAUUCUGGUCCCUAUGGCACAUUCAUUGGCGUAUAUGAUGGACAUGGUGGCCCAGAGACAUCCCGGUACAUCAACGAUAACCUGUUCCAGAAUCUAAAGAGAUUUGCAACUGAGGAACAGGGGAUGUCUAUAGAUGUUAUAAAGAAGGCCUACCAGGCGACAGAGGAGGGGUUCUUCUCUGUUGUCACAAAGCAGUGGCUCAUGAAGCCUCAGAUUGCAGCUGUUGGAUCCUGCUGCCUCGUCGGGGUGAUUUGUGGUGGGACGCUCUAUGUGGCCAACCUGGGUGAUUCCCGAGCUGUUCUGGGGAGGACUAUUAGGGCGACUGGGGAUGUCCUCGCCGUACAGCUGUCGUCGGAGCACAAUGUGAGCAUCGAGUCGGUCCGACAGGAGAUGCAUUCUCUGCAUCCUGAUGAUUCUCAGAUUGUAGUGCUGAAGCAUAAUGUAUGGCGUGUUAAGGGCCUCAUACAGGUGUCUAGAUCUAUUGGUGAUGUGUACUUGAAAAAGGCUGAAUACAACAGGGAGCCUUUGUAUGCCAAAUUCAGGCUUCGUGAACCUUUCAGGAGGCCAAUCUUGAGCUCAGAUCCGUCAAUCUCUAUGCACGAGCUUCAGCCUCACGAUCAAUUCCUCAUAUUUGCAUCAGACGGACUGUGGGAGCACCUAAGCAAUCAGGAGGCGGUUGAUAUAGUUCAGAACCAUCCUCGUAAUGGAAUAGCUCGUAGACUCGUGAAGGUGGCACUUCAGGAGGCAGCAAAGAAGAGAGAGAUGAGGUACUCGGACCUGAAGAAGAUCGACCGUGGGGUCCGCAGGCACUUCCACGACGACAUCACAGUCGUAGUCGUGUUCCUCGACUCAAAUCUCGUGAGCCGGGCAAGCUCGGCGAGGGGCCCCACGGUGUCCCUGAGAGGGGGAGGGAUCAGCCUCCCAUCAAAAACCCUGACCCCGUUCUCGGCCCCUGUAGAUGUCAGUAGCACUCCCACCACCUAACAUUAAGGCAGGCCCGGCGGGGAGGAUCGGGAUCAGGAUUAUCGCAAAGGUAAUGUUUUUAGAUUCUUUGGCUGUACAAUGUAACAUGUGGACUCUUUUCAAGACACGAUGUAUUCUGGUUUCUGCCAAGUACGUGAGAAAAGAAAAGGAGAAGGAAAGAAUCGCUGAGGGAGUAAAAGUGAUUUUUAUAGCUGAGAUCGACGGAUUCUUUUCUUCGGUGCAAGAAUUCGUUUUUCUUUCUUCGACUCUGUUCUCACUCAUUUUUUCUUCCUCUUUUAAGUUGUGGAUUUUUCCAAUAUGUAAAUUAUGUGAUGCUAUAAUUCUCGAGUAUCAAAUUGCUUAUAUUCCCUGAGCUUUUAGCA